GUCGCUGGCUGGCUUCGGUCAGUGGUAGCGUGAUCAAUGAGUGGGUCAGGUCAGUCAACACAUGAAUGUGAUCAGAUCGGCCGGUUCCGUCUAGCUAUACACAAAUUGUCACACACAUACAUGCACACAUACACACACAGACACAGACUCAGACACAGACACAGACAUGCAUUCACUGUCCAUCCAUCCAUCGAUCAGCCCAAGGUUCCCACACCGACCGACACCCACCCCCACCCCCACCCCUGAAUGAAUUACAAAUAGCCAUCCAUCCAUGGCAUGGACAAUGAACCACACCCAACAGACAACAAAGCCGCCCUUCAUUCAUUCACUCAAUACACACACACCAUCCAUUAGUCAGUUCGGUGCCGCCUGCUCCGCCCUCUUGCGCAUCGAUGACAUCAGGUCACCCUGGUGAGAUGCCCUCCCGUCCGACCCGUUCCCCUGACUUUCGUUCGUCUCAGCCUCUCCCUGCUGCCCCUUUCCCUCGGCAGACUCGUCACCACCUGAACCUGAAGCAGAUCUAUCAUCCUUCGGUCCAUCCUGCCCCGAGACACUCUCGCUGUCGGCGAAGCCUUCAGGAUCGUCCCACUCUGAAUCAUCAUCGACAAAGUCAUCAUCGUCGCCCGCCGUGUCCUCCUCCUCUUCCUCCAUCUGCUCGUCAACCUCCUUGGCCCACUCUUCGUCGUCAGACCCGGCGCGGUUGAACAUGGCCUUGGCUUUGGCCUGUGGGCCGACAUGCAGCACCUGCUCGCCGGGGAAGAGCUCCAGGACGGUGCCCUUGCCCUUCAGCCGGCCCCUCCUGCUCCUCGUGCCAGCGAGGUGAGGGGUGAGCAUCUGGAUGUGUGACCGGGUCCAGUCGUGGGCGGACUGAGAAAGCAAGUAGAUGUGAAAGACCAGAAAAGCUGCCCAACCUACACACAACACACGCCAGGCAGGCAGGCAGGCAGGCAGUCAAAGGAUGGAAAGAUGUACACAGUGUGUGUGUGUGUGUGUGUGACACUGUGACUCUCUCUCGUAGUACAUACCAGCAACGAUGACCCAGAAGCAUGAGCGCACGAUGUUAAAGCCCAUCGAGGGAUCAUGGAGGCCCGCACAGCCGUGUUCUUCUGGCUGCUACCUCUCUUCCUUGUGUGCCUCGCGAUCACUCGCUGUCGUCCAUCAGCACCAGCGGCAGCACAGCAGCAUUUGGCACCUGUAGGAUCAAAGUCGUGAAAGGCGGAGUACGGCGGAAAGAGAACCUGCCUCCCGGGGAAGAUGCGAGGCUCCG